CAUUAUGGAACAAUUCUACAAGAAUAAAAGUAGUGAUUAAACACCUAUCUUGGUUAGAUUACUAUUUUCCUCCCUUCUAAUAUAUAAAUAACAGACUAUUUGGCCUAAUUUAUCGCUGUUAAUUUCCUUAAUUCAUAUCUUGACUUUUAAGACAAACUUUUUUCUAAAAUUAUUCAUAAAUACAUAUUGUAAACUUUAUAAGAGAAGGAAUCAUUCAACUCCUAUAGUAGUGAGAAAUCCAGGAGCUUAUACACCCAGGUUAUACAGGACACAGCAAACAUCUCGGAACAUGGAAGGAGGGUUCGGCCAAAUGCUCCCAAGCUCUCCAGUUACCCCAAGGUAUAUAAAUAGUGGCAAUUAUCUUUACGUUGCUGACUAUUAUAAUCCUAAUAAAGUCUUGAGCUUCGACGGGUUCACUAGCUCACCUUACUACUUAAGAAGGCAUAAGAGUGUUGCUAAAAAUAAAGAUUUGAAGAAUAUUACGACUAAGUUUGGCAAGAGUAAACAGAGAAGAAGUACCAUUUCUGGCUCUCCGACAAAAUCAGUCAGAUGCUCUCCUGCGAAAAAGAGCCUAACAGAUAGACCAAGAAGAGGAGGUAUCCUUGCCAGGAAGAAUCUUACUUGCAAACAUGAAUCUAAUAAAUUAGAGAUGCUGAUGAACCUCAUCUAUCGUACACCGAAUGUAGACCUGAUUGAAAAUAGGAUCGAUGGACUGAUAAGAAGUAGCUCUAUAUUGGACAAAGUCGAGAAGAGAGUAGCUCACUCCGGCAUUAAGACUUACAGGUUUUCUCCUAAUUUACUGAAGAAGAUAAUUCCAAAGAAGAUAAAAUUCUCCAAAUUCAAAUAUAACCCUCCGUUAAAAUAAAGAGAACACAAAGGAUGUCGUCAAGCACAGCUUGAAAGAUCAAAUUGUACUAGAUGAAAGACAGGAAAAGAAGAAAAUGGACAAAUUUGCACAAAUAUGAUUAAAAAUGUUUACUAAUAGUAUUACUAAACGUGUCAGAGCUAAACAGAGAAAGGAUAGGUUCGGAGAAAUCACCAAGAUUAAUGAUAGACUAAGAGCAAAGACAAAGAUAGUGAGAAUCAGAGAGAAAGAGUUGAAGGAUAAUAAGAGCCUCGGAGCAGUGGCUGAGGUGAGAGGUUGUUGGAGACAAGAAGAUCUUGACCUCAUUUAAUUUUUCAAUUUUAAAUUACCCAUAA